AUGCAAUACAAGGCUCUGCUAACUACCGCGCUUCUUUCUGCCACUUCCGUCUUGGGGCAGGCCGCCACUGGCACUUCCGGCGGCUCCAAUGCGGGCUCGUGCACUAUCUCAGGCAGCCAGGCGACGGCCACCGCACAGGCCGACUUGGACAAGUUGGCAGCUUGUUCCACCAUCACCGGUGAUCUGACGAUCACCGGUGAUUUGGGGAACGCCGCUCUGGCCAACGUCAAGAAGAUCGACGGGUCCCUAGAGAUAAACAACGCUACUAACUUGCAAUCGUUUGCUGCAGAUGCCAUCUCAGAGAUCACCGGGGAUUUGACGUUGAAGGGGUUGACCGUGUUGACCACUGCCUCCUUCGGGUCCCUGGAGAAAGUGCAGGGGAUCACUCUGUUGACUCUACCUGCGAUCUCGACUUUCAACUCGAAAUUGUCCAGUGCUGACAAUAUCUACAUCUCAGACACUUCGUUGGAGUCCGUCGACGGGUUCUCCGUCUUGACUAAAGUCAACGGGUUCAACAUCAACAACAACAGGUACUUGACCUCGAUCAAGUCCUCGCUGCAGACUGUCUCAGACGCCCUAUCCUUCCAGUUCAACGGUGACAACACGACUAUCAACCUGGACAGCCUGAUCUGGGCAAACAACAUCACCCUAAGUGACGUCUCCUCGGUUUCGUUCGACAACUUGCAAGCUGUUAACGCCUCCCUAGGGUUCCUAAACAAUACCAUCUCAGAAUUGAAAUUGAAUAACUUGACCUCUGUCGGGCAAACGUUCACAAUCACAUUCAACAACGACCUUACUCACUUGGAAUUCUCUAACUUGACUAAAGUCGGUGGUGGGUUCGUCGUCGCCAACAACACAAACUUGAAGUCCAUCGACGCCUUUGCCAACUUGCAAACCGUCAACGGUGCCCUAGAUGUCAUCGGUAACUUCGACUCCUUGGACCUAACAGCUUUGAAGUCUGUCAGAGGUGGUGCCGAUGUCGAAACAAAAUCCGCAAACUUCUCUUGUUCCCCAUUGAAGAAAUUGCAAUCCAAGGGUGCUAUUCAAGGUGACAAGUUCAUCUGUAAGAACGGGUUCAAGUCUUCCUCCGUGUCAAAGGUCUCCUCGGUCACCUCCGACGUUUCCUCAGGAAGAAGAGACGUCUCCACUUCGGCCUCCACCUCCUCUCGUUCUGAGUCCGCUUCCGCCUCUGCCUCCGCCUCCGCCUCUGAAUCUAACUCCGCCUCUGCUUCAACUUCCUCAAGGUCAAGCAGGGGCGCCGCCGCAGGCAACUCCAUCCCAGCGGCUUCCUUCCUAGGUGCAUUCGCAGCAGUCGCAGCGGCCUUGAUAUAA